UGCAUUGGGUAUGAGAGAAAUGCGGUCAAAAUAAUGGAAGAAAAACAUUAUAUUAUAUAUGUAUAUGGCUCAUCGUAGCUAUAAUAUCAUCAUUUCAUUGGGAUCAUGAUUCAUGACGCCUUUUUAAAGCAAAUCCUCAAGAAAAAGAGAGACCCAAAAAGAGAAACAUUCAGUGGAUGGGUUGUUGAACUGAUUCUCGCACCAGCCAACCAUUGAUCGCCACAGCACAACGCACCCAUUUGGCUUCUUCCGUAUUUUCUAAAAGAAAAUCACAAUUUCAGUGAGUCAGUGACUGUGGGGCAGUAGCGAGUUCCACUGGCGACGGCGGCGGUUGGAUGAAGAAGUAGACCCAGAAAACAGAGGUAGCGGGCCAAGCGAGCAAAUGGGUUUGCUCAGCAAUCGAGUGGAGAGAAGUGAAAUCAAGCCGGGCGACCACAUUUACUCCUAUAGAGCUGUGUUCGCCUAUUCCCAUCAUGGCAUCUUUGUAGGGGGAAGCAAGGUGGUUCAUUUUAGACCUCAGAGGAACUUGAAUUCAAGCACUGACACGUCUCCUGAUUUCUAUGAUUCGAGUUCAAGCAAUCCAUCAUCCUGUCCAGUCUUUCCUGACUGUGGAUUCAAACAGCCCAACAGUGGGGUAGUCCUUUCUUGUCUGGACUGCUUCCUCAGAAAUGGAUCCCUUUACUGCUUUGAGUAUGGAGUCACCCCAUCGGUUUUCCUUUCCAGGGUACGGGGUGGCACUUGCACCACUGCAAUGUCCGACUCAUUCGACAUGGUUAUUCAUCGAGCAAUGUACCUUCUUCAAAAUGGAUUUGGAAACUACAAUGUGUUUCAAAACAACUGUGAGGAUUUUGCUCUAUACUGCAAGACAGGUCUUCUGAUUGUAGACAGGCUUGGGGUUGGAAGAAGUGGUCAAGCUUCUUCUGUCAUUGGUGCUCCCUUGGCUGCCAUUCUUUCCUCUCCUCUGAAGUUGCUAAUGCCAAGUCCUGUGGGUAUGGCUGUGAUGACUGCUGGAAUGUACAGCAUGAGUAGAUACGCCACUGACAUUGGUGUUCGAACCGAUGUGGUUAAGGUGGCAGUGGAGGACUUGCCAGUUAAUCUGGAGUUGUUCAACAGCGAAGAAGAAGAUGAAGAAGACGACGAAGAUGAAGAAGAAGCAGCAGCCUCCAAGAAGAAUGAAGAUUCAAAAAUUCUUGUGGCCAGGUGAUCUGAACUCCAUUCUCUGGUCCAUGGUUAGCGACACUGCAGUUUUAUCCUCGACUCCAGAUCGUUCGUCUUCUUUCCAUCUUAUAGGUAUGUCAUAUGGUUGCAAUACUGUUCUUUUAACCUAAAUGAAAUUGUGGAUGAACUAGCCUGAUCAUGAAUAUUAUGUAGUCAAGCUACGUCGCUGUCCAGUCCACCUAAUGGAUGUCACAGCCAACAUAUUUCUGUCUCCAUUCGACUUGGAUGAUUCGUUUUUUGUUAUUUUGAUAAAACGCUUGAUCCAUUGAUGUGAUUCUAUCUUAUCAGAAAUAAAAAGCUAGAUUAAUGAGUUUCCAGGUUU